AUAAAAUUGUUAAGAAUUGUAUUAUUGGUAAUAGUUUCUUUAAUAUCUUUUUCGGUAGAAAGUUGAUUCUUCCUGUGAGUAAUGUUAGAGUUUAACCUAUUAUUCUUCAUAUUUUAUAUUUUUGAGAAAAAUAAUUUAGUAAUUAAUAGAAUAAUAAAAUAUUUUAUUAUUCAAUCCUUUUUAAGUAUAUUAUUAUUAUUUUUUUUAGUAUUAAGAAAUAUAGUUUUAAGAAGUAGAUUAAAUAUAAUAUUAAUUAGUUGAAUUAUAUUUAUAAAAAUAGGUUUAUUUCCUUUUCAUUUUUGAUUAGUAGAUGUUGGUGAAGGAUUAAGUUGAAUGGGUUUUAUUGUAUUUUUAACUUUGCAAAAAUUAAUUCCUUUGUAUAUUUUAAGUUUAAUAGAAAUUUAUUAUUUAGAAUUUAUUGUAGUUAUAAAUAAUUUAAUAGGGGUAGUUAUAAUAUAUAAUCAAAAUUCUUUACGAAAAGUAUUGGUUUAUUCAAGAAUAGUUCAUUUAACUUGAAUUAUUAUACUUUUAAAUUUAAAUAGAAGAUAUUGAUUUAUUUAUUUUUUUAUUUAUUUAAUUAAUAUUAUGAUAUUAAAAAUAGUGAUAAAAAAUAUAGAAGUAAAUAAUUUUAUUCAAUUAAAGUAUUUACCAAUUGGAAUAAAGAUAGGAUUAAUGAUAAUUUUUUUAAGUUUAAGUGGAAUACCUCCCUUUAUAGGAUUUAUUUCUAAGAUAACUGUUUUGUUGAUGUAUUUUGAGAAUCAAAAAAUAAUUUUUUUAAUUAUAUUAUUAGUAUCUGUAAUAAGAAUAUAUAUUUAUAUAAAUUAUUUUAUGAAGAGUUUAUUUUUUAUAAGAUUAGGUUAUAAUAAAAAUAAAAAUAUAGGAAUAAGAAGAAGAAUUAUAUUAUUAGUAUUACCUUUUUUUAUUUUUUUGUAUAGAAUUAUCUAA